GUCGCAAUCUGAAGUCCCGACAUGGAGUUCCUCACCGUACCGGCCACAGCAGCAACCCUGAUCAGCGCUCUUGCUGCCGGUGCCUCGUACCUGGUCUACCGGCGAUUUAACCACCAGCCAUCUUGGCCAAAGGUAAAACAAUAUUGUCCAUACACCCGAAAGGUGUCGCCCAAAAAGAAGAAAAACCAAUUCGCCCUCUACUCAGUUGAAGAUUUCUCUCCGAUCGGGGAAGCCGUAGCUGUACGGGACGUGCCCGCGUUCUUCACCAGACGUGGGAACGAGUUUUCUGCGUACGGCGUAGACUGGGAACAAGAGGCAGUGGUGCUGAUCAAACCAACGGACGGCACGGACAUGAAAAAACAUCCUUUCUUUCGUGAGGCCCAGAGACUUAACGCGACUGAAGUUCUUGUAAUUCCAUUCGAACAUCUGCAGGCUGUAGUGGACGCUAUUUCCGACAGGAUUGCGCAUGUGCAGGAGGUGUUUGUGUACAUGACAGCACGCUGUGGCUCUACCCUUCUUACCCGAGCAGUUGAAGCCACGUCGGUCGCACAAGCCUGCAGUGAACCGGAUGUGUUUGAUAACAUCUGCCUGGAAAUCAUCCGUUCCAGGCGCCAUAGCGAAAAGCCAUCUUCAUACCAUACUGCACAAAUCCCUGCAAUUCUCAUGAGCGACGCAACUUCCGUGGCGCUGCUGAGAAACGUCGUGUCCAUGUUAAACUACAACCUGGUCACAUCAGACCGCCGUCAUCGCUCCAUCAUUUUCUACAAGAUACUUUCGCGUCCUAUUCUAGCCGCUGAUGCUAUGCACCGCGCCUUUCCCACCGCCAAAACCGUUUUUCUGUACAGAAACGGCUUAGAGUUCUAUGAGUCUUGGACACGACUUUGGUGCAGAUACCCAGUCGUGUACAAGACUGCCAGGUUUGCCGUUCGGCUUGGCUUGUUGGGGUGGGUGCCGGCGGUCCCUCAAGACUUCAAAAUGUUUGUAGAUUACCUCAAGUCCCCCACAGUUAGUUAUCACGGCUCGUACUACCAUUCCGUGGUAGCACGGUGGCUUGGUGCCAUCAAACGCGCUGUAGAAUUACAACAGAAGUACCCAGGGUAUUUCUUCCAUGCCACGGUCUACUACACAGCCUUGGCGAGGGACAAGCAAGCAACGCUGGGUCUGAUCAUGAAGAAGCUUGGGAUAGAGUGGGAUCCUGAGAGCCACGAAGAGGAAAGAGACAGGGUGAAAAGGGCUUUCUUGGAAGACAGCCAGUCCGGAACAUUGUUCAGUAACAGGUGCCGUAAUAUUUUAUUCUAGGACACAGCAAGUAAAUUUCAUGGAUGACAUCA